AUGGCAAAGAUUGAAACAGGUUUUCAGAUCCUGCCGGAAUUCCCUUUUGAAGAAGAGUACUUCCAGCAUUUUCGCAUUCCCCCGGAUUGGCAAGGGUGGGAAACUGCCUGGCUUUUCCGCUUAUCCGCCAUCGUUAACAACCCCCGUGUUCCAGCAAGGAUGAUACAAAGUGGAUGCACAUCAGAACAUGGAGACGUAAAUUGUACGCAGGCCUGCGGUGACGCAGCCAUCAUGUUUGGAAAUGCCGAGACGCUUUGGAACUGUCUUACCCUCGCUACUGUCGCUAUGAUGACGACGGGAACAAAUGCGCCACAUCAACUCAAUCAAGAAUCAGUGAAGAAUGUCACAGCCAUGUUCAAUAUUGGCCCGCUGAGCGACUUUACUCGGAUGUUCAUCUUUGGAAAAUACGUUCGAUGUGCACUUCAGUCCUGUUCGGAUUCGAGAUUUGGUGCUUGCCCACCAGAGUUAUGGGAUUUCGAGUACAAGCUCGUGAACAUGGACAACAUCAAAAGGCUAGGCCAUAUCAUGGCCUCUAAUUAUUGUGCCGUGGCAGAUCCUGGUAUUGACUAUGAUAUCGCAGGGCCUGGCAUCAUUGUGGCCUACCUCAUCCAGUUUACGAUAGUAUUCUUCUUUGCACUUGCUUUCAAAAUCACCAAGACUUGGGUCCGUAACUUUACUCUGGCCUCGCUGCUCCCAUUCCAUGGACCGAUCAAGUCUCUGGAGAAGGCAACUCUUUGGCAGAAGAAGGUUUCGAGAAGCAGUUUCGGUGUGGCUGUGGGGUCCACCAUCGUUGACCUUCAAGAAGGUCAGGCUGUGUUUCUGACUAUCUUCUCUGCGGUUGCCAUUAUCACAUUCUGUGGAUCUAACUCAAUCGGCCUGGGGAAUAUCAGCUCGCUGUUCUCAUGGCUUGCAAAUAACCUCGCUCUACGAGGAGUGGUCUCGGCUGGGAUGUAUCCACUACUGUUGCUACAACUCAUAUUACACAAAAGUAACAAUCGAUGGUGGUAUACCCUAUUCCUCGUGGUAGGCAACUGGAUCUUGGUUCUUGUUAUAGUCCAGCCUCAGACAAUUGAGGACUCCCUAACUGAGCAUAUCCAAGAGACCGCAUCUUUGAAUGGCUGUGGAGGCAGGGCUGGGCCGAGAACAUACUGCCAGACCUUCAACAAGCCCACUAACCCUCCGGGAGGUUCAACCAUCGCCAAUGAUGCGGAGCUUUUUCACCUGACUCGCGAUAUUGGGAGAUUCUUUAGAUAUCACUCCAAGACGCAGGCACCUAUGCACGUCAUCAUAGCCUUUCUGAUACUAGACUGGAUGUCUAUGGUGAUAAGGAUGUGGUGGUUUGAGACCGAUACCUGGCUUUCUCGCAGAAGCAGGGCCUGGGUCAAUCACUUGCCUGCAUCCAUUCGACAGUUUAUCGUCCAAAGAUAUUUCUUGCUCUUGCUUGAAGCCUGUUGGGUCUCGAUGGAAGUGCUUGCCAUUGUCAUGGCCAUCAUCGGAAUUCACGAAUUCACGACCUUUAUUGAUAUACUGACUGGUGGUAGCUAUGGUGAAGACAGUGCGAUUUGGAUUUCCAAAUGGGGCUUUGGUCAGCUUGUUGCGGUUUGUGUGUGGUUUCCUUUCGUUCUCAAAUUCAUUUCUCUUAAUAUUGAUGGAGCCUUGCCAGGUUUGCGGAGGCGAUUAGGGGAGUUUGUUGAGAUAUCUUACCGAAAGGAAGAGGAAGACGGUGGUAAUGAUGGUCUCCAACUGGAAUGGCACUCAGCCGCCACCAUAAUCGACUUGAAAUCUUUCAACUAUACCAGCGGCUAUAGCCUCGCCCUCUUACUGUUUGCGUGUAAAGAUAAACUUUAUGAGGAUGGCUGUCUGGAUGCGUGCAAAGAGAAGAUAACGUCUGACAAUGGGGCACAGGACACCACCUAA